AUGAAGCUCGCCGCCCUCCUGCCGCUCGUCACUCUCGGCCUCGUCGCUGCCGCGCCUGCGCCCGAGAAGCGUGCCUCUGGCGUGCAAGGCUGCGACAUCAGCAACUACCAGCCCAAUUUCUCCUACGCGUCGGCCGCCGACGCAGGCGCCAAGUUUGUCAUCAUCAAGGCGACCGAGGGCACGUCGUACACGAGUCCCAGCUUCAGCAGGCAGUACAGCGGCGCCACCGACGCCGGCUUCCUCCGCGGCGCCUACCACUUUGCCCACCCCGACUCGAGCAGCGGCGCCGCCCAGGCCAACUUCUUCCUCGCAAACGGCGGCGGCUGGAGUGGCGAUGGCCGCACGCUGCCGGGCAUGGUGGACCUCGAGUACAACCCGGCGAAGAACAGCAACUCCUGCUACGGCCUCUCGCAAAGCGCCAUGGUCAGCUGGAUCCGGAGCUUCACGUCGACGUACUACAGCAAGACGGGGCGCUACCCGAUGAUCUACACGACCAACGACUGGUGGCGCACGUGCACGGGCAACAGUGAUGCGUUCAGCUCGACGAGCCCCCUCGUGCUCGCGCGCUACAGCUCCAGCGGACCGGGGACGAUUCCGGGCGGAUGGCCGUACCAGACCAUCUGGCAGAACAGCGACUCGUUCGCCGCGGGCGGCGACAGCGACAUCUUCAACGGCUCGCUCGACGGCCUCAAGCGCCUCGCCUCGGGCUAG